AGAGCUUCUUGUUACUGAAGUGCUGAUCCCUUAAAGCUAGCAGCAGCUCCCUCUGUAGUCUGUAUCUCGCUCACAGGCGCAGCAUUUGAAGGGAGACGUGAAAGAAGAAAGAGAGGUCGAGAGGGCCGGCCCCGGCCGGGGAGCUAGCUAGAUUAGAUCGACAAGAGAGAAAUGUGGAGGGAUGAACGCAAGAAGGCAGCAGCGCUCCAGGAGAAGCUGCAGAUCCUGCGCUCCAUCACUCACUCCCACGCGGUGAGCGACGCUUCGAUAAUCUUGGAGGCGUCGGAGUACAUCAAGGAUCUGAAGCAGAAGGUGGUGAGGCGGCUCGCGGACCGGCAGGAGAUGAUCAUCAUAUCGCCCGAGGAAGACGACGGCGCCCACCACAGCUUCGCCGGCUCCCCCACGGUGAGAGUGGAAGCCCUGGGGGAUGGCGGGUUCCUGGUGAAGGUGUCGUCGUCGUCGUCGUCUUCGGCCGACAGGGACAACAAGAGCUGCUGCCUGGUCUCCGCGCUGGAGGCGUUCGAGGAGCUGGGCCUCGCCGUGCUCCACGCCCGCAGCUGCAGCGGCACCACGGCCCACACGUUCCGCCUCGAGGCUGCAGGGGGGAAUAAUAACGUGGUGCUGGACGAGCAUGUCGUGAAGCAGGCGGUGCUGCGUGCCUUCUGCAAGGAUCCAGCAAGCUAGCUAGCUAGGAGAGAUCUCCUGCUUUCUCCGAUUCAUAUUAAUUGUCUCAAAUUUACUCAAAUAUAGACGUAUCUAUGUCUAAAAAACGUCUAGAUACAUGUAAUAUUUUGACAAUUAAUAUGGAUCGGAGCAGCUAGUUUAGCAGCUAAGAUCGAUGGAUGGCACGAAGGUUACAUGUAUGCAUGCAUAUGCAUGGUGUCCAAAAUUCCAUAUACCAGUACAAAGACUCCUGGCUGUUAUUGUCAAUGAAGAGCAUGAACUAUGAACUCCUCAGUGUAUGCAUGCAUGGUUAAUUUGA